AUGGGACGAAAAGCAAAGUUUGAUGAAACAACUGUUUCAAGUGGUCGUGGGAGAAAAGCAAAGAAGCAAGGAGAUCCAACAUUUCCAAAGGGAGUAUUAGUAAAAGAAGAAAAAGAGUUAAGUCAUAGACAGAGGCAACGAGCAAGAAAAAGAUUGUUAAAAAAGCAAAAAUUAAAUAAGUUAGAGAAAACAAAAGGCAAAAAGGUAGAAGAUACUUUAACUGAAGAUAAUGUCAAAAAUGUAACAAAACAAUUAAAAACAAAUAAGAAAAGGAAAUUUCUUAAAAAACAGCUUGAAAAUAAUAAUUUAAGUCAUGAAGAUGAUCAAAUGCAGUUUGACAGUGAUAGUAAUAAGUCUGAUAAUAGAGAAGUAAUGCGAAAUGAACAAAAAAUUACAAAAAAGAAAUUACUAAACAGUGACACAGAAGAUGAAAUUGAUAAUUACGACGACAUUGAGGAAUAUGAACAAAAUGAAGAAAUGGAUAAUGAGGAAAUGGAUCAAAAUGAAGAUGCAGAUAGUUCUGAUGAUGAUGUUGAUAAUGAUGUUGAUCUAUUUCCUAUUGAGAAAGCAAAUAAAAAGUUGAAAAAGAAGCAAGAAGAAGAACAAAAACUAGCGGAGGAAGAAAUGCAUGACAUGACUUUGCAACAAUCUGUCUUUACUUUCCCCACUGAAGAAGAACUUGCAGAAGUUACUAAUUUGAAAGAUGUACAACAACGUAUAAAAGACGUUAUCAUGGUAUUAUCCGAUUUUAAAAGAUUACGCGAUGUAAAUAGAUCGCGUUAUGAAUAUAUGAACCUUCUUAGAGGUGACUUAUGUACAUAUUAUAGUUAUAAUAAUUUCUUGAUGGAAAAACUGAUGCAAAUAUUUCCAUUGGAUGAGUUAUUAGAAUUUUUAGAAGCAAGUGAAGUCCAGAGACCUAUGACGAUACGAACGAAUACAUUGAAAACACGUCGUCGUGACUUAGCUGAAGCUUUGAUCAAUAGAGGAGUUAAUUUAGAUCCUAUUGGCAAAUGGACGAAAGUUGGAUUAGUAAUUUAUUCUUCGCAAGUCCCUAUGGGUGCCACACCAGAAUAUUUAGCAGGACAUUAUAUUCUACAAGGUGCAUCUAGUUUUCUACCUGUUAUGGCUUUGGAUCCCAAAGAAAAUGAAAAAAUUCUUGACAUGUGUGCUGCACCUGGAGGAAAAUCAUCACACAUAGCGGCACUUAUAAAAAACACAGGUGUAAUCUUUUCGAACGAUGUAAAUGAAGAAAGAAUAAAAGCUGUUGUCGGCAAUUUCCACAGACUUGGCAUUGUGAAUUCGAUCAUUUGUACUUAUGAUGGACGAAAGUUACCAUCAGUGAUUAAAAGUUUCGAUAGAGUAUUAUUAGAUGCACCAUGCACUGGUACUGGUGUUGUUUCAAAAGAUCCUAGUGUUAAAACAAAUAAAGAUGAAGUAGAUAUACAGCGUUGUUGUACAUUGCAAAAAGAAUUACUUUUGGCAGCUAUAGAUUGUGCCAAUGCACGUUCAGAAUCCGGCGGAAUUAUUGUUUACUCGACUUGUUCCGUUCUUCCAGAAGAAAAUGAAUGGGUCGUUGAUCAUGCCCUUAAGAAACGUGAUGUUAAAUUAAUACCAACUGGAUUAGAAUUUGGCGCCGAAGGUUUCACGAGCUAUAGACAGUACAGAUUUCAUCCUUCAUUAAAAUUAACUAAACGAUUUUAUCCACACGUACAUAAUAUGGAUGGAUUUUUUGUAGCAAAAUUUAAAAAAUUCUCCAAUAUUGUUCAUAAAAACAAAGAAGAAGAAACUUUAAAUUGA